GUGUUUUGCGCGCCCAACUUGCAAAGAUGGCGGUGGCCGGUGGCGCGCGAGCCCUUUGCAGAGCCGUUUCCCCAGCUCCUCUGUAGCAAAAUAUGAAUGCAGCUGAAGGACGGUGCCACGGAAAUGAGUCGGCGAAGGAAGCAUGCGGACAGCCCUGCCCGCAGGAGCACGCCGCGCAGGGCGGCUGCCGAGAACUGCUGCCGGGCGGCGGAGUCGGGGCCGCGGGAUUCAAGGGCGGCCCACAACUCCCCGCUCAGCCGGGCUGGAACGCGGUCUGCGCGGCGGGCGCAGCGGCGGGCAGCGGCUGACGGCGGGCGGAGCCCCGGGGAAAAGAAGGAGACACCAGCACAAGUUCUGAAAAUGGAUUUAUUAUCCUGUGCCUUCAGUUCUCCAAAUGAUCCAGAUGGACAGACUGAUAUCUUCUGGGAUCAAAAUUCUCCAAUGACAAAACAGUUAGGUAAAGGAAGAAAAAAGCAGAUUUCCAGUACAUACCGUGAUGAGAUUUCACAUAUUGUUAAUCGUAUUGCUCCUCAGGAUGAAAAACCAGUGACAAACUCCAUGCUGGGUGUAUGGAUUGGCGAAACUGCUAUUCCUUGUACUCCUGGUGUAGCAAAAGAAAAAUCAAGAGUGAAAAUCAGCUGCAAAAAAUUAAAAACAAAAAAUCGGGAAAAGGAACUUAUGAAAUUGGCCCAACAGUUUGAUAAAAAUAUGGAAGAACUUGAUGUGAUCCAAGAGCAAGAUGGGAAGAAUCAUGAUUUUAUCCAGACAACUUCAGAAGUGGGACAUUUCCAUAACCAUAAAGACUCUGUGCAGAUGGUGUCAGAUGAAAUAGUUGCUGAAAUUAAUUGUACUCCAAUAAAAAAGCAAAUGGAAGGAGACACUAGAAUAUCGUUGGCAAAGGGGCAAGACAGCAGUCAGAAACCCUUUGACCAAAAUGUUGAAGCAGCCUUUAAUGCUAUUUUUGAUGGUUCCACUCAGAUGUGUAGUGGACAACUAAGCCAAGAUUUGUCAGAUGCUUUUUUGAACAAUAGUACAACUUCCUUGAGAAAGAAAAAUGCCUUACUACAAGAGGAAAUAAUUACUACUGAAACUCUGCUUACUGAAAACCUACUAAAUAAAACUCCAAGAUCACCUUCCUCUCAAGUAGAUACUACCGUAAUACUAAAAUCAUGUGUGACUCCCUGUCGUAAGACACCAGCAGCAUCUAAUAAACAACUUGAUGAGUUGACUGCUAAUGAUUUUGAGGAUGAUUGGGAAAGCUUACUAGCCAGUGAGCCCUUCCUUAUGGAAAAUGCUGAAAUGCUUGAAUUCUUUCCGUCUACAACUGCCCAAGAAACUGGUCAGAAGGCAGUUUGUACCUCGAUUGGUGAAAAUGAUAUAAUCACAUCAAGAGCAAAUAUGAAUCUAGGUGGAAGGUUAAAAGAUUCAAAAGUAACACUGGAUCUUCCUUUAAAGGCACAAAACAGAGAACUAAGAAAUGCUGGAGAAUAUAGGUUUUCAUCACAUCCAAGUGAUGAAUCAAGGAAGUUACCAUUCACUGAAAAUAAAGUGAGACUUGACAAAUCUGUCACUAACAUUGUUAGUAAAAAUGAAAAUUAUGUUCAUGUCUCUAAUCUUACAAAAGUGAAAGAAGAAGGUCAUAGUAAGAGCAUACUUAAUUUACAUGCCUCUAACAAGUCUGGUUCACACACAAGGUAUCCUAAUGAACAAAAUUACAAGCUUGGUGUUAACCUGCCUUUGAAAGUACCUACUACUGACCCAUUUGAUUCUGUGUCCGUGGGCAAAGAAAACAUUGUGUGUAACACAAAUAAGCUUCAUGGAUCAAAGCUCAAUUCUUCCUUAGAUGACUGGAAUGAUCCGCUGUUGGCCAGUGAAAUGAUUAAAGCAUGCCAUCAAUUAGAGACUACCUGGGAAGCAGAUGAUGUAGAUGAUGAUUUGUUAUAUCAGGCUUGUGAUGACAUUGAAAGACUAACUCAGCAAGAAAACAUGGGUAGCAAGGAGUCAGAAAGUAUAAAUAAUACUUCCAAACAUGCAUCUAAACAAGGAAGUGUGUUGGUAUCAUCUAAACAUGGGAAUCUUGUCAGCUCUGCAGUGCCAUUGUCUUUAGCAAAUAAAUCACAGAUAAAUAAGCUAGAGACAGUAGAGAAAAGAGACAUAUAUGAAGAUUGUCCCAAUAUUUUGGAUGCUACAAGUUUGUCUGUGCGCUCUAAAAGUUCAAGUGAUAAUCAGCAUGUACCAGUACAAGUGAAUAGUUCAAAAUUUGUUCUUGCAGGACGUUCAGAUUUGAAUGUAAAUUUGAGUCCCAAGAGCACAAACAUUGCUGUUAAUAGGAAGUUGAGUACUCAGCAGCUAUCCCAUAACAGCUUAGCAGAUAAAGCUCAGAAUGACAACAAAGUACUGAAGUUACCAAAAUUCACAUUUAAGAAGAAAAAUUCUCAGUUUCUUUCUCAGUUAAAUCAAAAUCAUCUACCAGGAAGUAUGCCUGUUAGCAAAAUCUCAGAGGAUUUAGGGAAAAGGGAAACUGUCAAUUCAUUGCUUGAAGCUAAUCAACAGCAAUCUUCAAUAAAAUAUUCUGAGUUUUUGAAACCAUCUUCCCCAGAUGAAGAAGAGAGAAAUAGGAAGUGUUCUCCUGAAGAAAUUCAACGAAAAAGGCAGGAAGCACUGGUUCGAAGAAAGGCAAAAGCAUUGCAUACUGUGCAGUCAGCUCCCAUUUCACUGCCUUGAUGAAAGUUGAGUUAGACGGUUUCACAACUAUUGAUAACUAUCUGUGAUAGGACUUUUCUGAUUUCUCUGUGAGAAAUUUAAUGCUGACUUUUAAAGCGUGAGCUUCUACUUUAUUAUUUAAUAAAUCAGUGUUUACAGUGGUAAAUGACACUUUCUCAGAGAUGUAUGUGAAUUAUGUAUAUAAGCUUUUGAAAAGUUAGCAGGUAUGUAUAUACAGAGGAAAGUACUCGUCUUUAUUAAAUAUGGUAGCAGAUGAGCAUCAAAAUCAGCUGUAAAGCUUCUGUCGAAGGCUUUCUCAAGCACAAAGAUUAAAAUUGCUAAGUAAACAGCAACUUGGUUUUUAGUGUCAUUUUCAGUUAAGGUUUUUAUACAUUGUCAAUUUUUAACUAAUAUUCCCAUGGUCUUACUGGUCUUGCUGAAAAGUAGAGAAUUUCUGCUUAUUUUCAAGAAAAUUGUGCUUAAUUGCUAUCUAGAAGUAGCUAAAUGUAAUAUUUCUAAAAUGUGAUUCGAUUUGAAGACAUUUCACUAUUAGCAAAGCCAUGUACUAGGCAUUAAGUCUAGUUUAGCAAAAAGGAAAAAAAGAAAAAAAGCUUUAGAAUUGCCAGAAACAUAUCAUCUGAUCCAGCUUCUUUGUCAUAUAGGUUAGAUAGAGCAAUUCAAUCUGUUCUUUCUCUUUGUUUACAUACGUGUUUGUGUAAGGGUCAUGCUAUGUGACCCAAGCUGGCCUUCAACUCUCUCUGUCACCGAUAUGGCCCCAGACUAUCAGUGAUCCUCUUGCCUCAGCCUCUCAGUGCUCUUAAGUACAGAUGCAUACGGCCAUGCCCAACUCAUGGUAUUACUUUCAAAGUCACAGACAAGUUAAACCUGCCCUUUUGUUUGAAUGGUUUUUCUGAACAUCUGAACAGUUUCAUGAUUUGCUUCAAUCUGUUAGUACUUAAAAUAAUUGGAAGGAACACAAACACUUAAUACAAUCUAAAGUACAUUAAAGACUGCUUAUUAACAGUACUUACAAACAUUCUUUACUUUAAAGAAUUAACUAAUCUUUCCAGGAUUCAAAAUUAGACUUUCUAUUCUCAGUUUUCUUAUUACUGUAAUUUCCCUUCUUAUUAAUUAUUUACUUCAGUGUUUUCCCCGCUGUCAUCCUUGCCUCCUUUUGGCUUUUAAACAAUGAACCAGUAAUAAAAACGUUAACUAAAGGGGAUGGCAUGCGGUAGUAUGGAUGCUAGUAGUUUUCUAUGUGCUUUUUAAGAGAUAUGAAGAAAAUUAUAGAUAUGAAACACUCAUCUUGGUAUGGUGUUCACUAUUGUUCAGGUGUCUGAGAGGUUUGACAAUCUGAUAGUUAUUAUGUAUCAUUUUUCAAAUGUUAUUUUUAUAUGUACAGUAAAGCAGAUUUUAGUUUCUCCGUAUUAUCAAAGAGUAUAUUAUAAAGACCUAAAUAAAUGUUGUAAGUUAAUAUGUAAGAGAAUGAAGAGACUAGAUUCCUUUUCUAGUGAGCCUGAAUUCAGUCUUUUCUAAAUCUCUCUUUGUUCAAGUUCUCCCAUCACUUGUUUUCUGUAGAAUUCUUUUAAGUCAUCCUGCCCAUCCUUUUACACUUGGCCUGGUGAGUCUGUUUCUUUGGAAUUUAUACCUACCUGACCAUCUUCAUUGAAAUUAAUACUGUCUAAGUAACUCCUGUAUCUUGCAAAGAAAACAGAAAAGCACUUCUGGAUAGUGGGGAUAUGCUGUCCCAGCAGGCUACCCCUCCCUUCCUUUCAUACCA